GGUGGCUGGAGUUGUGGUGUGUAAAUACAACUUUAUUACACAAAUGAUGGUUUCUAUUGUUUGUUUCCCUAACUUCAUUAUUAUAAACUUUCAAUUUCUUUCAGGUCAUGGUUAUUGCAUUCUCUCUAGGAUUAGGAGCAAUGCCAUGGAUUAUAAUGUCUGAGAUUCUUCCGAUUAACAUCAAAGGCCUAGCUGGAAGUUUUGCAACACUUUCCAAUUGGUUCUUUUCCUGGUUGGUUACAUUAAUAGCAAAUUUGCUCUUGGAUUGGAGUUCGGGAGGAACCUUCACAAUAUAUACUGCAGUGUAUGUUUUCACAGCAGGAUUUGUUGCCAUUUGGGUCCCCGAGACAAAGGGAAAAACUCUUGAAGAAAUACAACAGUUUUUCAGAUGAAGUUUCCUUUCGAGUAGCACUUCAGCUAGUGUUCACUCAUGUAUUCACAUUCAUAUUUUUUUUUCUGAAUCAACUCAAUUCAUUUUUGUGCUCUUUGGUCUUGUUAAAUAUGAAAAAUACCAAAACAGUGUGAUUUUCUAAUCUAGCAGCAUACUUGCAUUUUUGUUGUAAUUGAUUGAUUAUAAACAAAUAAAUGAAAG